AUGACCAUUAGGUUCACCAACCAUUCAAUGACAGCGCCAUCUGCCGCGGGCUCUACUGUGGAAUGUGACAUCGGCUAUAUUGGUGUACAGUGCAAUAGGACAUGUCCUUACCCGUCAUAUGGUUUUGAGUGUCAGCAGUAUUGCAAGUGUCAAGAGGAGUUGUGUGACUUUGCAUUAGGCUGUCGACUACCAGAAUGCAGAAAUGGUUAUAAAGGUCUGUUUUGUAACUCAAAGUGUGUGUAUCCAAAUUACGGUUAUCGAUGUUUAAUGCAAUGUGACUGCUCCCCUGACAACUGCGACUAUGUUAACGGAUGUCAAACCGCAAAAGAUAUACCAACAGUCGAAACAACAAAAAUAUUCUUAGAACUAACAAUCAAAAACGUAACAAAUCCGUGCAAUAGAAGUCUGGUUCCUAUUAUACCUGAUAAUGGCCGUCAUUUUAUCGUUCAUUUAGCUUAUGGUUUAACUAUCUUGUUUCUGAUUAUUUUCGUAUUUGGUUCUGCAAUAACAAUUUACUUGAAAUCGCUCUACACUUCAAGUAACCCCCAAAAUGGAAACGAAUACACGGAAAAGAUGGAAGAUCAUGAAUUACACAUUGGAUUUGAAAGUCCGUAUCAUUCAGUCAAUGAUGGACCUAUUAACCCUGAAGAAGAAGGAACUACGAUUAAACAAAACUUCACUACUCAGGAUGAUUACCAUGGUUCAGGAACACUCAAGGAAGUUGCAGAUUGCACACAAAGCACCGCAUACUUAACAGUAAUGGCAUAG